GCUCCGGUCCGCCCGGCCCGGCUGCAGUGGAUGUUGCUAGAACCCACGCGGAGGGAGGACGAGACGCAGGUCGGUUACGGUGACCCAGGCGGCCGCCCCUGCCUCAGGGACCCCCUUCCCCGAGAGACGGCACCAUGACCCAGGGAAAGCUUUCCGUGGCUAACAAGGCCCCUGGGACGGAGGGGCAGCAGCAGGUGAAUGGUGAGAAGAAGGGGACUCCAGUAGUGCCCUCGGCCCCACCCUCCUAUGAGGAGGCCACCUCUGGCGAGGGACUGAAGGCGGGAGCCUUCCCCCCAGCCCCCUCGGCUGUGCCUCUCCACCCCAGCUGGGCCUACGUGGACCCUAGCAGUGGCUCCAACCAUGAGAACCAUUUCCCCACGGGAGACCAUGAGAUCUUCACUACCUACAGUUGGGAGGACCAGAAAGUUCGCCGAGUCUUCAUCAGAAAGGUCUAUACUAUCCUGCUGAUCCAGCUGCUGAUGACCUUGGGUGUCGUGGCUCUCUUUACCUUCUGUGACCCCGUUAAGGACUAUGUCCAGGCCAACCCAGGCUGGUACUGGGCAUCCUACGCUGUAUUCUUUGCAACCUACCUGACCCUGGCCUGCUGUUCUGGACCCAGGAGGCAUUUCCCCUGGAACCUGAUUCUCCUGACCAUCUUUACCCUGUCCAUGGCCUACCUCACUGGGAUGUUGUCCAGCUACUACAACACCACAUCCGUGCUGCUGUGCCUGGGCAUCACGGCCCUCGUCUGCCUCUCGGUCACCGUCUUCAGCUUCCAGACCAAGUUCGACUUCACCUCCUGCCAGGGCGUGCUCUUCGUGCUGCUCAUGACUCUUUUCUUCAGCGGGCUGAUCCUGGCCAUCCUCCUGCCCUUCCAAUAUGUGCCCUGGCUCCACGCAGUGUACGCCGUGCUGGGAGCAGGAGUGUUUACACUGUUCCUGGCAUUUGACACCCAGUUGCUGAUGGGUAACCGACGCCAUUCGCUGAGCCCCGAGGAGUAUAUUUUUGGAGCCCUCAACAUUUACCUAGACAUCAUCUAUAUCUUCACCUUCUUCCUGCAGCUUUUUGGCACCAACCGGGAAUAAGGAGCCCUUGCCACCCCCUCCUCCAUUCAGAGAAUGCCCCCUUGCUGGUCCUCUGACCUUCCCUGUCCUCCUGCCAGCCCAGAUAUAAAACUAGCUGCCAGCCCAGCCUGUGGCCUCUCCCAAGCCUGACCGUCAUCCCCCCUCUGCAGCUUGUUCCCAUGCCAUCAGGGGCCCUGUGGAACCCAGGUCACACCAUCCUCUGCACAGCCCCUUGCCCCCAGCCUCAUCUCCUGAACUAGGACAGUCAAGGCUGGAGGCCCCUCUGGGUCUGAGGAUCCCAGGGAUGAGUAGGAGGAGCCCAGCAGGAUUUCAGAUGUGGGAGCGAGACCCUAGGAAGCCUGGCCAAGGCCUACACCCCCACAAAUCUUCCUUCUAAGGCUCCAACUACUGUGUGACCUUGGGGCGCACUGUCACAUGCCCAGUCCACCCCUCCUCUCUCUCCUUCCAGGUCAGGCAUUGGCACUGUAAGGAAGGGGCUGAGGGACAGCUGAGAGAUGAGGUGAAGGUAUUCUGCAGGUUGGGGGAUGUGGGGGGAUGGCAUGGCUGUCACAGGCUGCCCAUCCUGUCUUAGCUCUGGAGCCAGUGGCUUGUUCCAAGCACUUGAACCCUGGGGUCACGAAUUAUGGAAGAGGGGCAGGAAGCCAGUGCCUUGGCUUACCCUCCUGGGUCAUGACAGAGCACUGCUGAGGCAGGAGGUGGGGACAGGGGGCCUUGCCCCUAAGUGGGGUCCUGUCCUGAGGCUCCAAGGGAGGUGGCAGCGGGCACCCAUGAGAGGCCUGGGCUCUGCAGUGCUGCCAAUUCACCUAAACCUGCAUUCACGCAGGCCUGAGACCUACAUCCUCUCACCCUCUUCUCUACACCCCCCAGGUGCUCCCACAGGCCUGAGGCCGAGUAAAGCACUUGGGCCCUAGAGGACUGGAUGUUCAGAGGGAGGGAGGGUAAUUCUAGCUGCUGAGCCAGCCCCGUUUGGAGGGAAUCCUGCCUCGCCCUCAACCCUGCCCCAAGGCCUUUCUGAGCAUCUUAUUUCCGAAACCUCCGAAACCUGCCUCCAUUUGCUGGCUGAUCCCCAGCCGAGCCUCCUGAGGCCUCAGUUGGCGGUGCCCAUGUCCCUUUCCCUAGCGUCUCUGGCCCCUGAGCCCGGAGUCCUAAGCCUCCCCCCACUCCUUAUCUCAUCUCUCCAAGUUGGAAGCUGUUCAGCUGAUGCUAACAGCCUGGGUCAUUCCUCCCAGCUGGUCCCACGUGAUGAGGUCAAGUCUCCUUAUCAGCCUCCAGGCGGCAGAGAUCUUGGGCAGGGUGUGCGUCAGCCAGCCAGCCUCCUGCAAGCCCUGCUGGGGAGGGGAUCAGGGGGCCACACCUGGGGGAAGCAGGCAGCCAGCAGCCAAUUCUGGGCCAGUGGAAAGUUACUGGGUGGAGUCAGGGAGGUUCAGAGAGGAUACCUGGAUCCUCCUUGGCCUCGCCCUCCAGGGCUGCCUCUCCCCCACUAUGCUAGGACUCUCUUUGCCCCUGGGAAGGGUAACUAGAUAGGUUAUCUAUCUGUUCUCUACCCCUCCCUCUCCACCAUUCCUAUUUCCAGCUUUCAAGAAAUAUUGCAGAAGCACCUGAAGUUUUGUUGCAUCCUGGGUAUUUGAGGAGAGAGGGAACCAACAACAGGUGGUGGUGUUUGUGGGUGAGACAAAGGCAGUAGGGAGCAUGGUGGCAUGCCGACUGUGUGCUGGUCUAAAUCAAUCCAUUACAGCAAUCUUACAAUGGCAGUACUCUGUGCAUCCCCAUUGCAGAGGGAAAAGCUGGUGAUUGAUCGAGAGGCCUGGUAAGGAGUCCAAGGUCAUACAGCUCACAGACUGGGUGGGAGCCAGCAGGAGACUGGGUUGUGAGGCCCUGAUGCCUCUGAUUUGUUGUCCUCGGUGCCACCCCCAGCCUUCCAUCUCCCCACCAUUACCACCACCAGAUUUUGCACUCUGUAGUUUCCACCUUCCAGACACAAGCUGGGAGGCAAGAUUCUUGUAUCUGAUUCCUGGCCUCACUGCCAACAGGCUCGUGUUUCCUGCUAUCUUUGAUCCAGUUUUCCUAUCAGCGAGAUGGAAGACCGUGGCCAGGGUGGUGCAGGGAGAGGCAUCAGAAUGCAUAUGCCCACUGACUACCUUAUCCAGUUGCCACCUCUCCUCCUCCUUCGGCUCUUCUAGUCUUUGGUCCCAGUUCUAGAGGGAUUAGUCCUCCCAACCCCUGUCCUGCUACUCACAGCCUGGGCCUUGGUUGUGCAUCCCAGAAUCCACUUGUCUUCCUCCUCCCCAUCGUCCUGGGACACUUCAUGCAGAAACUGGGGAUUGAGAUGCCUAUCCAGGGCUGAGCUCCAAAAGCCUGGGGGAUGAGGCAAGCCUUCAGCAAUAAAAACGUGACAGGGGCAACUUGGGGCCAUCUUAAAGCAGAAUAUGCCACAGUCUCUUACUCAGGAUCCUAAGAGGGGUCCAGGACACACUGAGCUGGCAGCAGAGUCAGAGUUGAGGUCCCUGCCUUCCCCCUGUGCUGAGGCAGCGAGGAGCCCCAGGAACACCUGGAUGGGUCUUGGGAGGAGGAAAGGCAGAGAACAGGAACGCAGAAUUACAAGAAACUGAAGCUGGGCAGGUGCCACAAGCUGCUGAUGGGGAGAGAGCCUGCCGGCCCCUUACAUUUUUGGCAGGGGUGUGGCUGGGCCCUGAAAAGACUGGAUUUUAUAAAGCUAGAGGCAGCCAGGAAUCUAACCAUCUGUGAUGUGAGGCUGAAGCUCUCCUGCUGAGGGAAAGAUCGGAGGUCCCCUUCUGGGGAUUGCAGACUGGGGGCCAGGGAGGCACAUGUAAGUCCCUGGACUCCAACACCGAUUCCCAGGUGCACAUGCAGCUCCUAGGGAGCCUGGGGAAGCCCUAGGACUCUUGGUCCUUCCUCCCAGGGGAGGCAGGAUCAGACAGAUGCCCUUAUUCCUAAAGGUUCCUCCUUCCCCUGCCUGCCAGCUGGGGCCAGUCCUGGGCUUGUCACCAAUCCCAUGGGACUGGAUUUCACACAAGUACUUUGCUGCCCCUGGGUGGCUGCCUGAGGAAAAGCAGGGUCUGGUUCCCCAGGAAGAAGCAGAAGUGCUGCCUGGCCUGAGGUUGUGGGCAGGUCCUGGCCCUUGGCUUUCAUUCCUGUCUCUUCUCAGACCUCCCCAGGCCUCUCUUCUCAUCAGCCUCUGGUUCCCUUCAAUCCAACCAUUGUCACUUCUCUUGGACACUGUUAACUUGUCUGCUGGAAACCACCCCUGUACUGUGGGGCCCCAGGGCUUUCUUCCCAGUGUCUGGAGGCAGAGACACACCCCCGGACACGAGUCCCUGUGGCCUCAGCUCCUCUGAGAUUCCCAGGUUCUGCGCCUGUUCCCUUCACUGGCCUCACCUUCCCAGUCCAUGACUGACAGGAGAUGAGAAUAAAAGUAAUUAUGACCACCCGAACCGUUUCCUUUGCCUGCCUUUGCUUGUCACCGAAGGUGUCUCGGGGAGUCUGUGUGAGGUUUAACUCAGAUCCAGUGUGACAGGUUCACACCACAGCUGCUGCUCCCAGCAUAGCUAUGUGUGAAUUAAGUCUCCACAGUUAUCUGUGCAUGGGAAAAGGGACACUGGUCCUCCUGUGGAUAUACGCCCUCGGUAGAUGGUCUUGGAUCCUCGGAUCUGUCACAGCCCUGCUAGAGGCUCCUCCAGCAGGGCCUUCCACAGAAGCCUGUUCUUCCGUGUACAGUUCUGUUAGAAGAUUCUGCCUCAUUUUGACCCAAAAUCUCUUUCCCUAGAAGGAAAACCCAUGCUGCACCUGGGGGGACCCUCUGAAGCAGAGGCUUUCAGAGUAAGCCUCUCCCGUGAAGCCUUUCUCAAUCCCUCGCCCAGGGCCCUGGCCACUCCCUCCUCAGAACACCAUGCUAGCCGUGUUUUAACUGCUCCUUCUAUCUCUUUCUAUAAAACAUGAGCUCCUUGAAGGCAUGACCUGUGUCUUGUUCACCCUUGAAUUUAUAGGACUUAUGGCAAAUAGUAUGAAUAAACAGCUUUUGAAUGAA